GAAGUUAAUUUAUAAUUUUGUUUUAGGCUUUAAAUGAAAUUGGAGAGACACAUAACUUUCCCAUAGAGUUUGUGGAUGGCUACAUCAGUUCAAUUUCCAUAAUGAUACCGUGGUCCUCUCUACUGAGUGAGAGCAGCUUGGUCGAAGUACAGGGCCUCAUGAUGACCAUUCAACCAAAACAGCGAUCACAAGAUGCCUCGAUGUUUGAUUCCACCUGGGGAAGUAUGACGACGAGUAUGCAACUAGCAGAAGAAUGUCUCCGUCAGGAGGUUUUUGAGGUAGAAAAAGAUGUUGAAUCAGUGCAGCCAUUAGAGGGAUUGGAAUUGUUUGCACAGACAAUAGAAACUGUUCUCUGCAGGAUCAAAGUUCGAUUCAUAGAUACUGUAAUAAGAAUGGAAUAUAUACCAAAAGAAAGUAAAUCUGGAGUUGCAUUGGAAAUACGUGUCAAAAAAAUUGAUUAUUUCGACGAGGCUGGAAAUGAAAAUACAGAAUACAGUGAUCAUACAUCAAAGCGUAACAUAUAUGAACCAGUAACAUUUUCCACAAAGAAGUUUACUCUGGAGGGAGUAAAUUUAUAUUCUGAUGAAUUUCCACAGCAUUAUCGAACUGUCAUCCGUUCUGCAUCCACUCCAAAGUUAAUUGAUAACCUACAAAUAGCUCCGGGUUCACCUGAAUUGCCUCCACCCCAUUCUUCCCUUCAUUGUAAUCAAAACAUGAUAGAUUCAUCUGAAGAUAUUGUUCAAGAUCCUGUUUUAAUUUCGCUUCUACAUGGGCAGCAAGAGUUACGAUUAAAGCUAAAACACAAUGAAUCUGCAGUUGGAGCAAAGGUGGAUCUUGAAUUUAAUUUUGGUCCUGUAGUUAUGUUUCUUUCACCAAGACAAGUUCACAUCUUAUUAGAGUUAGCAAGAGGUUUGACUGAACCUGAUUUAGAAGAUAAUAAAAGUGUUUUAAAAAACAAUUAUAAACCAAUGGGUGCAGCUGAUUAUGCUCUUGUAGAACAAGAACUACAAAAGCAAAUCAACCAACCUCAACUUAUGACUAAAGGAUUCCAGCAUCAUCAAGGAUGGUCUUCCCAUUCUCUAGACGAUUCUGAUGAUGAAUUUUUACCAGUUAUCGGAAACAAAUUCGGAAAAGAGAACCUCAAUGAUAUGGAUUCUUCUAUGUCCAGUAGCAGUAGCAGCGUCUCAAAGCCUUCGGGUUAUCACAGUUCUAAUAGUAGCUAUCGAAGGAGUAGUUUAAAAUCAAAAGGAAACGUCCAAGGCCUUUUACAAGACCCAUUAACAGAACUAACACAGUUUUCUGCCAAAUUUAGCUGUGUCUACCUUUUAAUUCUUCACGAUGACAUCUUGUUGCCUUCUUCCACAUUAACAAAUUCCAGGACAGUGCUUCCUACGCUCGCUUCUGUUACCAAAAUGAAAAAUACAUCCGAGAAAUUUUUUGAAGAUUUGAUGAAAAUUUUAUUAGAUGGAGUGAACAUCAAAGAUUUUUCUGAAAUGAGAGAACAUCUGUCUAAUAUAUGUCAAUUGAAUCAUUUAAGGUUAGUGUAGCUUUAAAAUUAAAAU